UCAAAGAAAAAUGUUAGGAAAUUUUAGGAAAUCUUACGGAAAAAAUCCAGUCUAAGAAAAUUUAAUUUUGAGGAGUGGAAACACUGGCGAGAUAUGAAUGGCACCGACCUGAACCAACCUGCGUACUAGUAGUACAUAUAGUAGUCCGGCCCGAAUCACCAUUCACUCUACGUGAGCCUAGAUGUAUGGAACAAAAGGAACAAGUAUCCCACGUACGUAAGGGCAAAUACAAAAUACUUCGUCAAUGGUUGCAACUACAGGGGCUUUGAAGUAUUGUUAGAAAUUAGCCAGCCAUGUCAGGUAGUACCCAUUGAUUCAAACCCUACAACGUACAUGUAUGCGAGCGUGUUCGGGCACUGCAGAAUGUUUUCUUGUGUGUUAAGGUCUAUUAUGCAGACGGUACAUUAACCAUGGGGAACAGAAACAUACACAUUGGAUUCUCUGACCAGGACUAACCCCGCUGAUAGUUACACCUUGGCGAGCAAGAUGUCGUCAGCCGCGGUGUGGUACAGUAGGAAGACUUUUUGACAACAUAUUGAAACUGGCACGUUGCUAAACAGGAAGAACUGACUCGUCAUCACUCGAAUGAAGUGGACCUGUGCCGUACCCGACUUCCGGCCGGACCACCGAUGUGUACAUGUACAGCGUACAUGUACCCGCCGGUAUGCACUCACGCCGCGCCGGCACGUACCCAUUGUCAGCCCUGGGCCGUUCACUCGCAGAUCGCUGAGCUGAUGCACACUCGUCUCGGAUGCAACUCUAACAGUUAACUGUUGCACUAAUCUUCCAGUUUGGUAAUCAACACCUCGAAUUAAAUUCGUGGAGAGUCACACGGAUACCAAAUCUUAAUCCUAUUGAUGCCAGAUGUCGAUUAAACAUGGCAGCAAGAGUUCAUGGUGACAGCGGCGGAUGACGUGGGUUUGUCUUUACGACACUCCGUUUGGACGCGAGUGUCUCGACAAGUCUCCAUGUUCAGUUACAGUCCGCAUGUCUACAUCAUAUCCACUAAGAACUUUGCAUCUCAACAUGACCAACUCCGUGUGGACGACGCCAGUACGAAGAUCGAAGCUACUAAUCCACGCCUUACCAUUCUUCCCGAGGGCGUUUCUCACCCCUCUUACCACAUGAACGGUCACGUGGUAUCUGACAGACAACCUUUCCUGGGCCCUGGGUAUAAGAUAGUGGAACCGCCUCAGGGGAUCGUACCCAGACGGCCAAAGAUGGCUCCAACACCUGACCCCGCUGGGGCGAACACUACCCUUAGAUUCAGUGUCUCCUCCGUCUCAAACACGCGGGAGGAUCCUGUAAGGAGUGAGCCAAACACCAAAGCAGAGACAAGUAAACCCAGAUUGAUGAGAAGCCAAUCCACACAGACAGAGCAGCUGUGUGGCUUGGAGAAGGCAUCCAUCUUGAGCAGAUCCCCUUCAGCCCCUCCCUUCCAAGAGUGCUGCUAUCACACGGAGUCUGUGCUUCGGUCUCGGGGAGCGUUCACUCGGGCCUCCUGGUCAGCCAAGGCCCACUACUCGGACUCGUCGUCCGGCGAGGGAGCCGAUGCUGCUACUGACACGGACUUGAGUUACUCUCUGGUGACGGCCAGGAAUCCGAUCGAGGAAUGCCCAUUGUCGGUCAUCCUCAUCGGAGACAGCGGCACGGGGAAAACUUGCCUCGUGGCUCAGCUCGCUGACAAUAUCUUUAUGACGAACUAUGAUGUCACCGUAGGAAUCGACUUCAACAUCGCUAGAUUUCAUCUCCCUGACGGUCGGCCAGUCAGGUUACAGGUAUGGGAUACGGCCGGUCAGGAGAAGUAUCGCGCCAUCACCAGCUCCUACUAUCGCAAGGCCAUGGGCGUUGUCUUGGUCUAUGACGUCACCAGACGUGAAUCACUGGACAACAUUCUGAACAUCUGGCGGAAGGAGGUCGAACAGUACGCCGAGUCGGAUGUUGUCCUUAUGUUAGUUGGAAACAAAAUGGACUUAGACGACUAUAGAACCAUCACAACCAGAGUAGGAGCAAAGGUAGCCGAGCAACUAGGCGCUAUAUUCUUUGAAGUCAGUGCGAAAGAAAAUCUCAACAUUCACUUGGCAUUCCAGGCUUUUGCAGAAGUUAUUGUAGAAAGUGUGUAUUCUAAGCGGAAUCCCUGUCUGAGCACCACCGCUGUCCACCUCGACUACAGCAACCACGACAGAAACGAGAACGUGAAAAAGACUAAACGUACAUGUAAUUGCUCAUAGAGGGCGUGCUGAGCAUGACAGAGGGCGCUUUUCGUCACUGCUGCAACAUGAGUGGCUCGCUUGUUGAAACCGAAAUGAUGGAUUAAGCGUCAGGGCACAUGGACAAUAAGCACACAAUAGCUACGUGCUGAGAUGCACUCAUAGUGAACAGCCAUUUGGGUUCCAAAGUCUAACGUUGUAGUUACUCUCUAUACAUGUGAUUUAGAAGCAUGUUUGCUACGUUCUCUGUCCCAACAUGCUGCCAGAGUAUUAUCAUAAGGUGCUCCAAGUGUACACGCACUGCCCUUUUCUUGAAUGGCUGUUUAAAAUUUCAUAAUUUCCUGAACGUCUCUUGAAUAUGAAUUUACAGCUUCAUGUUUGAAUGCGAGAUACCAUCAAUGCAAUAGAGUACUGAAAUGUGACGUCACUGUAAACCAGAAAGUGCAGUGCAAACGAAUAGAGUACGCGCGCGUGUUGGUUCACGCGCUGGUUCUCGCGCUAAUGCCUUUUAGGCCUACACACUAAUUGUGCGCGUGACGUAUUCACUUAGUUACUGUAUAGGCCUUAAUCCGCAGUUCGUAAGUAACUUCGUCACACACAGACGCGCCACUGAUUGCAUGCAGGCUUCCAUUGGACCAUGGUUCCAUGUAACUUUAAUGCAGUGGGCGUGGUUUAGACUGAAGUGACGUCACAUUUACGAACCGGAUACACGCCUAGCACAUGCAUUACUACAAUACGGGCGUUUCACAGUAUUGCGUCUCCAAGAGUUUGCAGCGCGUUGGCCAAUCACAAUGCGCAAAAUCUGUCGACCCAAUGCGCGUUUGGAAAUGGUCGACAAAAUUCGCGCGUUGUUAUUGGCCUGCGCGUAGCAAACUUUUGGAGACGCAAUAUUGUGAACGCCCGUACUGCACUUAAUGUAUAUAACUUAUUGUUGUCCGUGAAAUUCAAAACAUCCUGCACUUAGGGUGGACAAAUAAUGCCAUGACCGUCAUUUCUAUGUAGACGAUCACUGAAAUUAUCGAAACGCUCAAAUUUUAUACACUUAAAUGGAGAGUUCUUUAUAAUCCAUGUCAAAGGAAAUGGGUAAGAGGAGGUGUGUAUAUUGUCACUGGUUAAAACGUCGUAACCGACAGGCGCAGUCCGUUCAUCUAUUCCAACUUUAACGAAAUUAAUUCAAUACAGUUGUCGGUAUUUUUAAUCUUUAAAAAGGAAAGACGAUUUCUUAACAUAUUCAGAAAUCAUAAGGAAAAUCGCUAAGUUUUUUACAUGUGCCAAGAUUUUGGAAUUAAGAGUUUUAGAAAUUGUUUUUAGGAUCUAGGCACUGCAUUUUAUUAAAUGUGACUAACGGUUGCUUUUGUACAUUAUUUCGGGAAAAUGCACAGUGUGAUUUCUAGAGGAUAUUUUUCAGGAAAUUGUUUCGUGCAAUUGCCUUUAUUGGUGAGUUACGGUUGGUGGUGGAGUAGUGCGUGCAAUGAUAGUGAAAAGUUGGUGAACUUGGAAAUUGAGGUUUUUUUAGCGAAAGCUGUUUGAUUCCUGUUUGUUAAGCAUCGUUUAUUCUUGUCAGAAGUAUCCUGGAGCCAAGAAGAAGGGUUAUGGCUGUUUCAUCCUGUUUGCUACGCAAACUGUGGUUUGUUUCAUCCAUCCUAAGCCAGAACAAGAUUCCUCACAAAUGAAUAAUAUAUUGCUAUCAUAUUCAACCAAAGCCUUUAAUGCGUUGUGUAAGCGCAAUGCCUAGCAAAAUAUUUUUAUUUUAAACAGGUGCAAAGAAUCAGCAAGACCAAAUUAAACCAGUUUCUAUUUACAGUAUGGCAUUGUAAAUACGUGUAUCUCGUCUUAAAAUAAAACUUCAGGAGGUCGAGAUUGAGGAA